CUGUAUUGGAAUGAGAAGCAUUAUUCACAGUUUCAUGGUAUCAGAGCCGCAAUUCGGGACCAAGUCUUCUUCUCCAAUUUUCAUCUUAUUCUCUAGGUCUCUAGGUUUUUAGUCUCUUCUCCAAUUUUCAUCUUAUUCUCUAGGUCUCUAGGUCUUUGCCAACCUCUAGCUAUGGCUUCUUCAGAUUCAAAAACUUUUUCUUUAUCUGAUUCUCAACCUUCUACCCCAAUUCCUCUUUUUAAUGCUGUCCCACCCACCACACUCACUCCACCCACUUUUUCGUCCUUUCCCCAUUUUAAUACUCUACACACUCCAAGCCUUCCACCGACUUAUCAUGCCUCAUCCUCUUCCUUCUUUUCUCAUCUCGUGUUCACUGUUUCCAAUAUCAAAUCUUUUGUUCCAGAAACCUUAACCCAUGACAAUUAUAUUAUUUGGAAGGAGUUGAUGAUUCCUGUCUUCAAAAGCAAGGGGGUAUAUGGCCAUAUUGAUGGUACAGAUUUGUGUCCUCCACCUUCUCAUCCUAAUCAUGCCGCCUGGGUACAGAUUGAUUUCCAAAUUUUAUCUUGGAUUCAUGCCACUAUUUCCACAGAUAUAUUGCAGAUGAUUAUUCAACCGGGUAAGACUCUUUCUGCCAAGGAAGCUUGGGAUGCCAUUCACACUUCUUAUCAGAAUCAGUUGGCUGCCAGAAAAAUGUAUGUUAAGCAAGGGUUCGUUUCUCUCCAAAAACAAUCCGGCCAGUCUAUGUUCCAAUAUUUGCAAUCUGUCAAAAAGGCAACAGAUAACAUGUAUGGUGUUGGUGAGUGUUUGACUGACAGAGACAAAGUAUUUCUGGCUCUUGCAGGACUUGAUGCUGAAUAUAGUGUUGCCAAGAGAACUAUUCCGCACAGAUCUCCCUUUCCUUCAUUUGUGGAGCUUCAAUCUUUACUGCUUAUUGAAGAAUCAACACUGCAAAGGGAAAAAUCUACCAGUGCUUUCCCUUUUGUUAACUCCAGUGCACAACAGGUGUUGCAGACCUCGGUUCACUCCUCUGGUAUGGGCUAUCCAAUUCAUGAGGCAUAUUAUUCUGGAACUCAGUCCCGGCCUGAUUUCUAUGGCAUGAACCGAGGCCAUGGAAACUUUUAUAGAGGUGGCCGUGGUAACAAACGAGGUGGUCGAGGCGGUCGUCAUUUGUGUGGCUCCUUCUCAAAUUUUGAUCGUGGGUUCUAUCCUGGAGCACCCACUAAUCUAGGGCGUAGUUCCUCAUCUUUUCUCAAUACUGCUGGGAAUCCUUCCUCAUUGCAGCACUCAUCUUAUGGCCAUCAUUCCCCUCACUUCCGUGGCAGUAGCUUACCUCCAUUAUUGCCGAAUCCGUCCAUGGCAUCUCCACAUGUCACUGCUUGUCAACUUUGUGAUCAAUUGACUCACAAGGCUCGUGACUGCCCUCUGCUAAUUGGCACAAAUAUUGCCUCAAUGCCUUCUGCUCCGACGGUGCUCACAGCCACAACAUUCCCUACCGCUCCGGACAUCAAAUGGUAUAUUGACUCUGGUGCUGAUACCCAUGUCUCUAGUACCCCUGGUAAUCUCUCCCACUCCUCUCCUUACUCCGGUUCAGACCCCACACCUAUCGCACCCACCAGCCUUCUCCCGAUCUCUGCCUUCGUCGUUCCCAGUCCUGUGCCGUCACCUGCUGUCUCCUCGUCCCUUUUCCUGCAAGAUCUGCAUUCCCCAUCACCAUCCUGCGGUGCUGCGCCUAUUGCUUCCGCCCAAUCUGGGUCUGCGCCUGAUGCUUCUCUCUCCACUGCUUCAAUUGGUGAUUGCACUGGUUCUGAUGAUUGCUCUGUUUCGGCUCCUGCUGCUGCCCCGUCUUCUUCAGUUCCCUCUGCUUCUUCGGCUCAUGUUCCUCGGCGCACCCAUCAUAUGGUCACUCGUUCACAGGCCGGUGUUAGGAAGCCCAAGAUCUUGCCAUCUCUGCUUCAUACAUCUACUGAUUUGCAGGAACCCAAGACUUUUAAACAAGCUUGUAAUCUUCCAGAGUGGCAACGGGCUAUGCAAGAGGAAUUUUUGGCUCUACAGCGCAAUCACACUUGGGUUUUAGUUUCUCCUCCAUCCGGUGCUAAUAUUGUGGGAUCCAAAUGGGUAUAUCGUAUUAAACAGCGAGCUGAUGGCAGUAUUGAGCGUUAUAAGGCUCGCCUUGUCGCGCAAGGGUAUACACAGCAGCCUGGGAUUGAUUAUGAUGAAACUUUCAGUCCGGUGGUCAAGCCCGUUACCAUCCGCACCGUUCUUACACUUGCUAUUUCCAAGUCUUGGCCAAUUCAUCAACUUGAUGUCAAGAAUGCCUUUCUCAAUGGGUAUUUAUCUGAGCCUGUUUAUAUGUCUCAACCCCCUGGAUUUGUUGAUCCGCAGUAUCCAGAUCGUGUUUGCCUUCUCCAACGAGCUCUUUAUGGUUUGAAACAGGCUCCUCGUGCCUGGUUCCAGAGGUUUGCUGCUUUUCUUCAUUCCUGUGGCUUUGUUCAGGCAUAUUCUGAUUGCUCUAUGUUUUUAUAUCGCUCAAAUGGUAUGCUGGCAAUUAUGCUCUUGUAUGUUGAUGAUAUGAUUCUCACUGCUUCUACACCGUCCCUUUUGCAUCGGAUCAUCUCUUCAUUGAAGCAUGAAUUUUUUAUGACAGAUUUGGGUGUUAUUAAUUAUUUUUUGGGUAUUACAGCAUCUUUUAACCCUGAUGGUCUUUUUCUCUGUCAAACUAAGUAUAUAUUUGAUUUGUUGGCUCACACUGGAAUGUCUGAUUGUAAUGCUGCUGCUACUCCUCUGUCACCAAGGCAAAAAUUGGCUGCUUGUGAUAGUCCUUCUUAUUUGGAUUCCACUCAGUACCGUAGUAUAGUGGGUGCCUUACAAUACCUGACAUUUACUCGUCCUGAUAUUGCUUUUGCGGUUCAUCAAGUUUGCCAAUAUAUGCAUGCUCCGACUCACAAUCAUUUUCAGGCCGUAAAACGGAUACUUCGGUAUUUAAAGGGUACUGCUCAUUAUGGUCUCCAGUUAUUUAAGGAAUUCUCCCCUUCGUUGCAUAUUUAUACUGAUGCUGAUUGGGCUGGUUGUUUGGAAAGUCGGCGUUCUACUUCAGGCUACUGCUUGUUUUUUGGCAAAUCCCUCAUCUCUUGGUCUUCUAAAAAGCAGAAUACUGUUGCUCAAUCUAGCGCUGAGGCUGAGUAUCGUGCUAUGGCUAAUGCUGUUGCUGAGGUUGUUUGGGUUCAACAACUAUUGGCUGAGUUACAAGUAUUUCUCUCUUCUGCUCCUAUUGUUCUUUGUGAUAAUAUCAGUGCUCUCUAUUUGGCUCUCAAUCCUAUACAGCAUCAGCGAACCAAACAUAUAGAGAUUGAUAUUCAUUUUGUUCGGGAACGGGUUGCUUCUCGUGCCAUUCUUUUGCAGCAUGUCCCCUCCUCUUUACAAUGUGUUGAUAUUUUUACUAAAGCUUUAUCAUCCACUGCUUUCUGCUCUCAACGGUCCAAUUUGUGCGUGCUUCAUCAGCCCGCUCAAAUUGCGGGGGGAUGACAGUAUAAUAUUUGAGGGUAUUUAUGUAAUUGUGUAGUGUAAUGCUGUAUAUACAUAUAAAUAUGUAGCCCUAAU